AUGAUUGCGACCGCGGUCUUGGUGGUGGCGGCGGCCCAGCCCUAUCACGAGAGCCGAUUCGAGCGCAUGGAUGAGGAAGGAAUCGAUAUCGCCUUGGUGCUCGACGUGUCGUUGAGCAUGUUGGCCGAGGAUUUUCCGCCCAAUCGCCUGGCGGCAUUGCGGUCGAUCGCUGGAGAUUUCUUGGAUCGCAGCGGUGGGCACCGGGUCGGCAUUUACAUCUUCGCCGGCGAUACUUACGUGCAAAGCCCCUUGACCGAGGAUCGAGUGGCUUUGAAGACGUUGUUGGACAGUGUUUCCGUGCACGCAUUGAAUCAAACCAAGGGCGGUGGCACGGCCAUCGGGGAUGCCCUGGUGAUGGCCAUCGAGCGGCUUCAACGCCAAAAGGUCGAAGGCCGGGACCAAGCGGUCAUUCUGAUCACCGACGGGGAAUCCAAUCUGGGUCUCGAUCCCAUGUUGGCGGCGCGCUAUCUCAAGCGAGCGGAGGCUCGGUUGUAUGCCAUCGGCAUUGGUUCCGAAACGCCCCAGGAGGUCUAUUUCCAGGGGGAGCGGGUCGGCGGUGACACUCCCUUUCUGGCCGCCCUGGACGACGAAAGCUUGCGGGCUAUGACCGCCAUCGCCAAUGGCGAGUAUUUUCGCGCCACGGAUGCCGACGCCUUGGGCAAGGUUUUCGGCGAGCUGUCCCGAUUGGAAA